UGAAAGCUCACAAAGAGAGUAUAUGCUGCCACUUUAAGAGUGUCGAUCAGCGUCCCUCUCAUUGGAUGGUGGAGGUGGAUGCUGUGCACCAAUAGGAUUCAGAACUGUACAAAGCAAUCUAGUCCCUGCCCCCAUGCAGCCUCAGCGCUGUUACACUUACAAUGCAACGAGCUCGAGGAGAGACAGCAAUGAGCUCGUAUUUUCGGAGAUUUAAACAUGGAUUUUAGCUUACAACCAUGCUCAAACGUUGUGGCAUUUAUUCGCUGGGGGUAUUUCCUAAUAUCAUGGAUUCCAACAUGGUUAUAAACCGGAUCUCGAUUGGAAAUGAUGUGUUAUAGCGGACCAAGGAUGACAAAGACAAUAGGAUACCGAGACUGGAGAUGGCAGGCGCUCUGGUGGCAUCAUUUCUUUCUCUUGUGGAGUACAAUAAGCGGACAGACUCGUUACAGCAUCCCGGAGGAACUGAAACAGGGCUCUGUGGUAGGAAAUCUAGCCAAAGAUCUGGGUUUGGGACUAUCAGACAUUUUUGACCGUAAGCUGCGCGUCGCCUCUGAGGCUGGUGAGCAGUAUUUCAGUGUGGAUGCAGGGAAGGGCGAGCUGGUGGUGAAUGACAGAAUAGACAGAGAGGCUCUAUGUGGACAAAGCGUCAGCUGUGUGUUGCCUCUGCAAGUAGUUGUUGAAAACCCUUUGCAGUCUCAUCGAAUUGAAGUGGAAAUAAGAGACAUAAAUGACAAUUCUCCUAGUUUUCCUACACAGGAGAUUAACCUUAAAAUACCAGAAUCAGUUGCACUAGGCAGACGUUUUCCUUUGGAGAGCGCAGAGGACCCUGAUGUUGGAAGCAAUUCUUUGAAAACGUACUCACUGAGUAAAAAUGAUUAUUUUUCUCUAAAAUUUAAAGACACAAAAAAUGGUAAAGCUGUCCCAGAAUUGGUUUUAGAAAAGCCUUUAGAUCGGGAAAAGAAUGCUCUCCAUCAGCUGCUGUUGACAGCGUUAGAUGGAGGAAAUCCAGUCAAAUCGGGAACCUGUAAGAUUAUUAUUACUGUACUUGAUAAUAACGACAAUUUUCCAGUUUUCAAUGAAAAUGAAUACAAAGUGUCUUUAAAGGAGAACAGCACCAAAGGAACAUUUGUAAUCAAACUUACAGCUACAGAUGCUGAUGAUGGUCUUAAUGGUGAAGUUAAAUAUUCUUUUGGGUCCCGCACUCCAGACGUCAUGCUAUCGAUAUUUGAAAUCAAUGAUAUAACAGGAGAAAUCGUAUUAAAAGGAGCCCUAGAUUAUGAGAGCUCUAAAUCAUACCUAAUCGACAUAACUGCUAAAGACAAAGGCUUCCCCGAAAUGGAGGGUCACUGUCGUGUACAGUUGGACGUAAAGGAUAUAAAUGAUAAUGCUCCAGAAAUUGUGCUCACUUCAGAACCCAGUCCUGUGCGCGAGGACGCACCAAGUGGCACAGUAGUGGCUUUGAUUAGUGCACGAGACCUUGACUCUGGUGAUAACGGUAAAGUGAAGUUACAUCUUCCCAAACGGUCUCCUUUCACUCUGAAACCAUCGUUCUCUAAUAAUUACGAACUGGUUACCAGUGGUCCUUUAGACCGAGAGAGUUUCUCAGAGUAUAAUAUAGACAUAACAGCCACUGAUUCAGGCUCUCCUCCUCUGUCCAGUAAGAAGAUGAUACCUGUCAGCAUCACUGAUGUGAAUGAUAACCCUCCUAUAUUCACCCAGCCCUCCUAUAAUGUGUAUUUAAAAGAGAAUGGGGUACCAGGCUCUAUACUGUACUCAGUAUCAGCAUCUGAUCUGGAUUUUGGUGAAAACGCCAAAAUCUCCUACUCCAUCUUGGACUCUAAAGUGCAGGACGUGUCUGUCUCCUCUUAUGUUUACAUUAACUCAGAUAACGGCAGCAUCUACAGCAUGCACUCGUUUGACUAUGAGAAGCUGAAGGUGUUUCAGAUUCAGGUUCAGGCAAAGGAUCAGGGCUCUCCGUCUCUCAGCAGCAACGCCACUGUCCAUGUUUUUAUCCUGGACCAGAACGACAACGCCCCCGCUGUUAUUUACCCCUCCUCCGCUGCCCUGGGCUCCCUCUCUCAUCAGAGGAUGCCCCGCUCCGCUAAAGCGGGUCACCUGGUCACCAAGGUGACGGCCGUGGACGCUGACUCGGGCCAUAACGCCUGGAUCUCCUACAAACUGGCGGAGGCCUCAGACGCCUCUCUGUUCACUGUCAACCUGUACACAGGGGAGGUGAGGACUAAACGCGCUGUGUCCGAGCAGGACGACUCCUCUCAGAGGCUGCUUAUAGAGAUCAAGGACGACGGGGAACCGGUCCAGUCCGCCACCGUCACGGUGUCCAUCCUGCUGGAGGACGGCCUCCAUGAGCCCAUCUUAGACCUCCGACACAAAGUGGCCGAGCCCAGCAGGAAAACUGGCAGAAUCACCCUUUAUUUGAUUCUCUCUCUGGCCUCGGUGUCCGUGCUGUCUCUGGUGACUUUUCUCAUCUUAGCGGUUAAAUGCAUGAGGACCAGCAGAAGCAGCGGUAGUUGCUGCAUGAGACGGACCGACUGUGAUGGUUACAAGAACCCCAACAGAAACCUGCAGAUCCAGCUCAACACUGAUGGACCUAUAAAGUACGUGGAGGUCCUGGGAGGAGACAUGAUGUCUCAGAGUCAGUCCUUCAGGUCCUGUAUGUCUCCGAUGUCAGAGUACAGUGAUUUCACUUUGAUUAAACCCAGCAGCACCACUGACUUUAAGGAGGUCAUCAGUGUUCUGGAUGCGUCUUUACCCGACAGCACCUGGACCUUUGAGAGCCAGCAGGUGAGCUGAAAACAGUAGACCUACUGUGUGAUUUUACAUCGUUGUAUACAUUUUUUUGUAAACUUUAAGUAUUUUACUGGCCUCUGAUAACAUGGUGUUUUGUGUUUGUUUAAACAUAGAGUACAAGUAAUCAAUUACGAGCAUUUGUUCUUUCUUUCUUUUCUUUUUAAUGUUCCUAAGCUAAACAUAGUGUUUGGCGUUCUGGUGAUAUCCCCCCGUGGUUAUACACGUAGUUUCCACAAUAUUACAGCCUAACAUGUUAUAUUAGCAUUUCUUUUAAGCAUUUGUACCAGUUUGAUAAAGCAACCCAUAUAUUGAGUUGUUCAUCACUACGUCCUCAUUCCAACCCAGUUAUCUUUAUCAACAAAUCAUAACCACAACAUGCUGGACCUCUAUUGCUCGCUUGCUCUCUAUUUGUAAAGUUGAUUUUAAUUUUUCACCCUGUCCAUUUUUUUUAUUCAAAUGCUUACGUGUGUCAGAGUUCAGAUUUUGUAGUUGGCUCUGUUUGCAUGGUACUGCAUUUUAGGAUGCUGGAUUGCUCCCUGUAUAGUUGUAUGAAUGGCACUUUGUUUCAGCACCACACAGCUGGACAGCGACACACUGAAUAGACUUGCUUAUAACAGGGCUGAACUGCUUUCAGUAACCUCGUUGCACAAUACACUCAUUUGUAUUCUGAUUCAAGUCAAAAAAAUAGUUUGUUUCAUCAAAAGUUGAAAUAACCAGAAAAUAGACAGAUUAUAUUUUCAUAAUCAGAUUUAUUUUUAUUUAAAUUUACAUUAUGGGUGAUAUAUAGCAGCUGA